AAGGAGGAGGCGCCGUUGCCGGGAAACAGCGUACACACUGCGGGCCGGAGGGACGGAGGUUGGGGCAGCUCCGGGCCGGCUCAGUCCGGCGGCCUCCCUUUCUCUCUCUCCGGGGACCGCCUCGAGCCUAGCGGCGGUCCAGCAGCUCUCCCUGCCGUCCGCUCCCAGCCCCAGGGACUCCCUCGCCUUGACCGUCCACGGAAAGUCUCAUCCAAACGGCUAUGCGAGUCUAGGUCAGCUUGCCCUGGCGCCAACGCUUCCCUGCUUACACCUCAAGACCUGGCCAGGUAAUCCUCCAAUAGCCUCAAGAGACCAGAGCAAGUGGAAGGAUAGCACCAAGAACUGGACAUGUCUACGGAUGUGUGGGUGGGGUCCUGGCGCCCUCACCGGCCCAGAGGGCCAAUCGCUGCCCUCUACAGCAGCCCCGGGCCCAAAUAUGCUCUCCCAUCAAACGUAGGCUACCAGCUGCACGACCCUUCUCGCUCCCGGGCUCCCGCCUACAGCUUUGGCACUCGCCACUCCCAGGACCAAGAGAACUGCUCCCCCGGCCCGGGCUACCUCGUCCCAACCAACAUGACCAUGAGGGGCAGGGCUGGGAUUCCUGCUUAUUCCAUCUAUGGACGCCCCAAGGAUGUGCCGCCUUUUAGGACCCCCGGGCCAGGCUGCUAUUCCCCGGAGAAAGCUGGGAGAUGGACCUACCGCUCUGCCCCCAUGUACUCCCUUGCCUACCGGACGAAGGAGUUCCAGAACGACCAGACACCAGGGCCUGCAGCCUACUGGCUCCCUCCCAUGCUUGGGCCCAAUGUGGUUGGCAAGACCUCAGCCCCCAAUUUCUCCAUUUAUGGGCGUAAGUCAAUCGGCAGCUUCUACGAAGACCUCAGCAAGACGCCAGGGCCCUGCAACUACCGCCUGGUGGAUCCCAGCGUCUACAAGAGACGGCCGCCACACUUCAGCAUGCUGGCCCGAAACAUCCCCCCAGGAGACAACACUCUGAAGCCGGGUCCAGGAGCCUACAGCCCCGAGAAGCACACCCCGCAACGUGGCUUGACCUUCGGGAUCCGCCACUCAGACUACGUGGCUCCUCUCAUUGUGGACGUGGCAGAGUAAGCUGGCCCCACCGGCGGAGAUGGUCUGGACAAGAAAUGUUCCUUUGGAAACACAUGAAUCUCUC